CCUAUCUUCCCACUAGCCUGCUGCUUCGUCGUCGACUUCACCUACCCCUCUUCAAACAUCACACCCACAAACUUAUUACUCCGCAUAUAAUUUUCUUCAUAUAAAUAAAUUCCUGCAACUUCAAUGGCCGUCGUCCUCACUUCACUAAAACACAUCAAAUUCAAAUGACUCUAAAAAAACCUGAACUCUUUCUGCUCAUCCUCACUUCCUCCUCAAUCUGCCAUGCCUUCCUUUCCAUCGGCCAUGGCGAAUUCCUCUCCGGCAACCGCACACUCUCCUCCCCGAACCGAACUUUCGAGCUCGGCUUCUUCACUCCGGAGAAAUCAGGAAAUUAUUACAUCGGAAUAUGGUACACUAUCUCGCUUCCCACCAAGGUCGUCGUCUGGGUCGCCAACAGACACCACCCCCUCAAGAAUCCCGCCGCCUCCCGACUCCACCUCCGCCGCGACGGAAACCUAGUUCUCCUCAGCGACUCCGGCGACCUAAUUUGGUCCACAAAUUCCAAUCGACCGCCGCCCAAUUCGACCGUUGCGGCAACGCUUCUCGACACCGGAAACCUGGUCGUUCGAAAUCGAAACCCCGCCGAUCCGUCGCCGCCACUGUGGCAGAGCUUCGACUACCCCACCGAUCACUGGCUUCCCGCCGGAAAAAUUGGGUACAACAAGCUGAAAGGAAUUGAACAGAAGCUCCGGCCAUGGCGGAGCGCGAGGAAUCCGGCGGCGAGCGUCUUCUCCGUCGGGGUCGCGGCGAACGGAACCAGCCACGUGCUGACGUGGAACGACACGAAGCUGUACUGGAGCACCGGCGAGUGGAACGGAAAAUUCUUCGAAUUGAUUCCGGAGAUCGUUCUCAAUUUCUACAUCAAGAAUCUGAGAUACGUCGAGAACCAAAACGAACGAUUCUUCACGUACGAUCCCGGCGUGCCCGGCGCCCUGACCCGCUUCUUAAUCGACUCGUCCGGGCAGCUGCAGCAAUUCGUUUGGGGUCAAGGUGCCACCAAUUGGACUCAAUUUUGGUCCCGACCGAAUCCUCAGUGUCUGGUUUAUGCCCUUUGCGGGGAGUUCAGCAGCUGUAAUGACGAAAAGCCUCCGCAUUGCGAAUGCCUGCCAGGAUUCGAGCCCGUCGACGUCGAAAAUUGGGUGUCGGAAGAUCAUACCGACGGCUGCGCUCGAAGCCGGCCGUUGCAGUGCGACGGAGAUGGGGGUAGCGACACGUUUUUCGUCGUGUCGCGGGUACACCUCCCGUCGGAUGCGGUGGUUUUAGCCGUCGAAAAUUCCGAAGAUUGCAGGCUGUUGUGUUUGAGAAAUUGCAGCUGCACUGCGCAGGUGUUUGAUGAUGGGCAGUGCUUGCAUUGGAUCGGGGGAUUUCGCAACUUGCGGCUUCUCCCGUCGGAUGAUUCGACGGGGAAAGAUGUUUAUGUUAAGGUUUCGGGGUUGUCCGAACAGGGAUCGAGCAAUGGCGAUGUCCGAUCAAAGAGUUCGAGUGUUUGGACUAUUGUUGGAUCGAUCGGAGGAUGUUUUUGUGUCAUCGUCGUUAUUGUGAUUUUCGUCGUUUUAAAAAGACGUCGGAGAAACCCAGCCGGGCCGUCGGGGGAGGAUUCAUUGACGGUGUUCAAUUACCGCGAUCUGCGUAAUGCGACGAGGAAUUUCUCCGAAAAGCUCGGCGAGGGGGGCUUCGGGUUUGUCUACAAGGGGACAUUCUCGAAUUCAAUCGUCGUCGCGGUGAAGCGACUCAAGAGUGUAAACCAAGGCAAGAAUCAUGAGAAGCAAUUCCGGGCAGAAGUCACGACUCUCGGCACGAUCCAACACGUGAACCUCGUACGUCUCCGAGGAUUCUGCACCCGUGGCUCCGAUCGAUUUCUCAUACUCGAUUACAUGGCGAACGGUUCAUUAGAACGCGUCCUCUUCUCGAAGGAUACGGAUGUAAUCGACUGGACAACACGGUACAAGAUCGCGCUCGGAAUCGCUCGAGGAUUAUCUUACCUCCAUGAGAAGUGCCGCGACUGUAUAAUCCACUGCGACAUUAAACCGGAGAACAUAUUGCUCGACGACAAGCUGAAUCCCAAAAUCAGUGACUUCGGCCUAGCGAAGCUGUUCGGUCGAGAAUUCAGCCGGGUCUUGACGACUGUGCGAGGAACGCGAGGGUACCUCGCGCCCGAAUGGCUGUCGAAUGAGCCAAUUACGACGAAAGCGGAUGUCUUCAGCUACGGCAUGCUAUUGCUAGAAAUGGUGUCGGGGAGGCGAAACACGGGCGGUGCGUCGAGCGAUGGGUCAGGGGAAUUCUUCCCGGCAGUUGCGGCGAGCAGAGUGUCGCGGGGCGACGAUGUGAUGGGGUUGCUUGACGAGAGGUUGGGGGGUCGAGGCGACGUGGAAGAGGUCGGGAGAGUGUGCAGAGUGGCGUGUUGGUGCAUUCAGGACGCCGAGAAGGAUCGACCGAGCAUGGGGCGGGUGGUUCACGUUUUCGAGGGUCUAUCGGAGGCAGAAGUUUGUGUUGUGCCGAAGUUUCUUAAGGGGUUCUUGGAUGAUGGUGUCGAGCUUGAGCCGGCCGCGUUCGUGCUUCCGGCGACGAGUGCGUCGCCAGCGUCAUCGUCUUUUUCGUUUUGAGAUGGGCCGGAGGUGUUGGGGUCGGAACUAUGUUAAAUGGUUUUUCUUGUAUGUAAAGUAAUUUUGAUAUUUUUGCACUAUAUACGAAAAUAGUAAAAAGAUACGCUAAAUAUGCA